AUAAAGAGCCCAGACAACAAAAACCAACCCCAUCCCAACGAAAUGAUCCAUCACCACACCACUUCUUCAAUUCAAGAAAUUGUACCAAUAUCACUAAGCCGGGCACUCUUCUCAACAGCACUAACUUACCAAUUCCACCCAGAGUACGACAAAGUACGCUGAAAGAUCUGAAUAUUUUGAAAAGUUUGAACGAGGAAGAAUGAGCAUCGACGUUAGAGCAAGCCGUCCCGCCGAACGGCCCUUCAUGCCGGGCGGGUUCCCAUCAUUUGUAGAACGGCCCCGGGAAGCAUCACGACCCCGGGAAUUGUCACGGCCUCGGGAACCCUCGCGGACCCCCACUUCAAGAGAAUCCGAAGCAGAGACAUCACCUAGCCGGAUAACAACAUCAUCAUCACAAACCCCAGCACCUCUCAGAGGUAUACUGAAGAACGCAAACACACCCACACAUACACCCACAGCCCUAACUCCCACGCGGCCGCAAGACCCGCUGGCCGCACGCUUCAACCGAGGCAGACAUGAGCAACAAGUGCAGAUGUACCAAGUUGCGCCUCAGUCGCCGACAUAUCCAUCGGACAGCGACAUAUACAGUACCUUCGACACCGACACUCAGUCCGUAACAGACUCGGACCUGUCAAUUAAUACUCAAGCCACCAGCGUUAUAUCAGAGUCAGACGCACCACCGAAGCCGACGAAGCCUUCAACACAAGUGAAGCAUGUCCGUCACGUGCCACCAGCAAGAAGCGUAAGGACACGGCCACGGACCCGGUCGACGUCGUCUGAGGUAACCAAGCCUCCUGUUCCGGAGAAGAAGAGGACUGUCCACAUCCAAUUCGUCCCCUCAACAACACAAUCCUCCUCCUCCCAGUCCCAGACCCAGUCCCAAGCCCCCUCCCAAUCCCAAGCACUUCAGCUCGCUCGGAGAUCAGACAAGGAUCUCCAGCACAAGAUUGAUCAGUUAGAGUUAGAAACUGACACUCUCCGAAAAGAAGGCAGUAGGUUGAGGAGGGAAGUAGACGAUGCCUCCGUCCAAUUGUCUACCCGGGGUCAGGAGAACAAGGAGAUUAUCCGGAUACUCAACCUGGAGCGGAACUCCAAGGAGCUCAUCCUCAGAGAUCUCGAGGAGCAACGGCAGAUCUCCGACGAGUUCAGAAGCAACUAUCAAUUGCAGCAAGGGAUGCUAAUUGACCUAGAGAGGGAACGGGACAGCCUCCGAAACGCCAGUGAGAGAUUCGAGAAGGAGCUCAACAGACUUCGGCGAGAGUUGGAGGACCGAGAUAUCGCUCAGAGGGAGCAGGAGGACGCACUCAGGCAUGAUAUCGACAACCUUGAGUCUGCUACAGUGAACUUCGAGAAGCAGAUUGGUUCUCGCAACAGGGAGAUCAAGGAUCUCAACAAGGAGCUCAGGGACCUGGACCACGAAGUCAAGGAGUUGACGCACGAGAGAGACAGCGCUCGAGCAGAGUCCGUUCACUUCCAAGCUAGAGUCCGGAACCUUGAGUUAGCACAAGCAAGCAACGUUCCAUUGGUGGAAGAAGUCGAGGCACUCGAGAAGGAGAAGGAGAAGCUUCAAGGCCACAUCGAGGAUCUUGAAAGCGACAAGGCUGCUCUCGAGGAGAAAGUCAAGAACUUCGAGCAAGAGAUCGCAUCCCUCAAGACACAAGUCGCCGCGAUCGAGUCCAACAAGCAAACGCUCGAAAAGGACAUCGAGACCCAGAGGGCCGGCAAGGAGGAGGUCCAGAAGCAACUCGAGGCGGCACAGUCCGAGAAGACCGAGCUCCAGGGCCAGCUAGAUGCUGCCAAGACCGCCAAAGAUGGUCUUGAGAAGCAACUCGAGGAGACCAAGGAUGAUCUUCAGAAGCAGCUCGACAGCACCAAGAACGACUUGGAACAACAGCUCGAAGCGACCAAGAGCGACCUGGGCAAGCAGCUCGAGACCUCCAAGCAGGAGCGCGACCAAGACACGCUCAACUUCAAGGACAUUCUCGACGACAAGCAGUCCAAGAUCGACGGUCUCAUGACCGAGGUAGCAGGCGCCAAAGACGCCAACGUAGCCCUCGCCUCCGAGAGCUUAGCCCUUCGCACCGAACUCACAAGCGUGCAAGCCAACCUCGUCAAUGUCGAGACCGAGCUCGGCCAAGCGCGGGAGCAGAACAAGAGUCUCGAGACGGAGAAAGGAGAGCUAACGACGCGGGCUGCUGACCUCGCAAAGCUAGAGGCAGACCUCGAAGCCCUACGCCUAGAACACGCGGGCUGCGCCGAGAAGUCCGCAGGCCUCGAGGCCGACGUGUCGAAGCAUGUCGAAGCCGCGAAGGCACUGCAGGAAGACAAGGACAAGCUUGCAGCCAGCGUCAAGGACCUCGAAGGCGGGUCGGCCUUCACAAAGCUCGUGGAGGACAAGGUCACCCUCGAAGGCAGCGUCAAGGAUCUCUCAGCCCAAGUCUCCACUUUAUCUCAAGAGAAGUCCGAGCUUGAGGCUAAGACCAGCGACCUGGAAGCUGAAGCGGCCAAGGUUGGACCGCUGACGCAAGCGAAGGCGGAGCUGGAAGCCGGGCUCGAGGGCCGGAUCGACGAGCUGCAGACCGAGGCCGACAAGGUGCCCGGGCUGACGUCGCAGGUUCAGUCGCUGAUGUCGCAGUUGGCCAAGGUGACGGUCGAGCUCACCGAGGCGAACGCCGGCCGCGCGCUGAGCGACACCAUGAUCAUGGACCUCAGGGAGCAGGUCGCGAAGCUCCAAGACAAGGCCAAGUCGCGGAGCAACUCGCGGGCCGCGAAGCGCCAGAGCAGAUCCCCGUCCAGCAGCUUUGUCUUCGUCAGAGCAAGCAAGGACAAGGAUGCCUGCUACAUUACGACACGCGAUGGCUUGAAGGGUCGGGAUCGGUCGCCGUCGUAAACUUGUGCGAUAUCGAGGCUCGAAUCGAGUCGGGGGAGUGG